AUGCCCCCUAAAGGCCCCAAGGCGACCCCAAAGGGCGCCCCCGCCCGCAAAGGCCCCCCGAAUGCGAUGAUUGCGAAGCUCAAGCAGCACAUGGAGAAGCAGAAGGAGGAGGAGGAGCGCCGCCGUCGCGAGGAGGAGGAGGAGGAACGGCGGCUGCGGGAGGAGGAGCGCAUUGCGGAGGAGCAGCGGCGCUUCGAGGAGGAGGAGCGGGCCCGCGAGCGGCUCCGGCGGAAGGAGGAGGAGCGGCAGAGUCGCAAGGAGGCCAAGAAGGGACCGGCGAACGGGGCACUCGAACGAAUGGCCGCCGCCGGAUUUAUUCUCCCAGACGUGGAGAAAAUCCGCGCGGAGCAGAAACGUGAACGCGAGACUGUGAAGAAGCGUCCACCACCGCAGCCGGCAACGAAACGCGUGGAGCCCGUCGCCGCCCCGCCGGAGGAACAAAAGGACGAAGAAGAAGAAGAGGAGGAAGAAGAAGACGACGCGGUGACAGUGGCAACCGUGUCGGAUGCGGAAGUGGACGAAGAUGAUUGGGAGGCGCUGAUGGAACGUGAUGACCGCCGCGCUGCGAGACAUGCGGAGAAUGAACGCAUUCGAGCCGCACGCAUCACACGAGCACAAGAGCGACAAAAGCGACGAGAAGAAAAGAAACGGGCAAAAGAAGAGGCCGCAGCAGCGGAACGUGCAAAGGAACAUGUGCUUGAAAAUGUAUCCAAUCUUCGUUCACCUAUUUGCUGUGUUUUGGGUCAUGUCGAUACAGGUAAGACAAGUCUUCUAGAUCGUAUUCGUGCCACUAAUGUUCAGGGAGGUGAGGCAGGUGGUAUUACACAACAAAUUGGAGCCACCUUUUUCCCACGUGAAGCUCUUGUUAACGCGACAGAGGAUAUUAAUAAAAAGUACCAAUAUGAUUUAAAUGUACCAGGUCUUCUCGUUAUUGAUACACCCGGACAUGAAUCUUUUACUAAUCUACGCAGUCGUGGUAGCAGUCUUUGUGAUAUUGCAAUUCUUGUUGUGGAUAUUAUGCAUGGAUUGGAACCACAAACCCGUGAAUCUAUUCGUCUUUUACGACAGAAAAAAUGUCCUUUUAUUAUCGCACUGAAUAAAGUUGAUAGAUUGUAUGAUUGGGUUCCUCAUACAAAUAUGGAUAUUGAACAAACUCUUUCAUUGCAAAAGGAUAAUGUCAGAAGUGAGUUUGAUACACGACUCACACAAGUAAUUCAAGAACUUCAAGAAGAAGGACUUAACUCUCAAAUUUACUACAAAAAUAAAGAUGUACGAAAAGUGGUUUCCAUUGUUCCUACAUCUGCGAAAACUGGAGAAGGUAUAUCUGAUCUUUUGCUUCUUGAAAUUCAACUCGUACAACAAUUUAUGGAAGGUAAAGUUACAUAUAAGGAUGAUUUACAGUGUACUAUCCUUGAGGUUAAACCUAUUACAGGAUAUGGAGUUACUGUAGAUGCUAUCCUUAUUAAUGGUGUACUUCAUGAGGGAGAUAAUAUUUGUUUAUGUGGUCAAAAUGGUCCUAUAUUUACUCAAAUUCGUGCCCUUUUGACACCACAACCUCUAAAAGAGUUGCGUGUACGAGGAGAAUAUAUUCAUCAUAAAGAAAUGAAGGCAGCUAUGGGAAUUAAAAUUGCUGCUAAUGAUCUUGAGUUUGUCGUUCCAGGAACACCUUUAUUUGUUGUACACAAUGGUGAUAACAAGGAAAAAAUUGCACAAGAAGUUAUGAAGGAAGCGAACAGUAUUUCAGAUCAACUAAGUCCUGAUGGUAUAGGUGUAACUGUACAAAGUUCAACACUUGGUUCAUUGGAAGCAUUACUUUCAUUUUUGAAAGAAAUGAAAAUUCCUGUUGCAAGUGCUUCUAUUGGACCUGUACAUAAACGUCAUAUGAUUCAAGUACUUUCAAUGAAGCGUAAGGCACCACGAUAUGCGGUGGUGUUGGUUUUUGAUGUUCAAGUAUCUGAAGAUGCUCGUGAAAUUGCAAAGAAAAAUGAAAUUGAUAUAUUUGAAGCUAAAAUUAUUUAUCAUCUUUUUGAUAUGUUUACACGAUAUAUUGCAGAGUACGAACAUCGCGAAAAGGAGCGAGCUCGUGCCAUUGCUGUCUUUCCUGUUCAACUCUCUAUCGUUGGUGAUGCAAUUCAUAAUUCCGAUCCCAUUAUUUUACCAGUUAAAGUUGAACGUGGACAACUUCGUCCUGGUACACCUCUUGCCGUGCUGAAGAAUGAUAUUCCACUUGUAAUUGGACGGGUGAUGUCAUUAGAGCGUGAUAACAAGAGUAUCCCUAAUGCCCGUAUGGGAGUUGAGUGUGCGGUGAAAAUAAAUUCAGGAGAGAGUGGUGUGGUGUAUGAUCGUCAAUUCACCAAAUCCGACACCUUACUCUCACUCAUUACUCGGCCAUCUGUUGAGGCUAUUAAGAAGUUCAAGGAUGAACUUUCUGAAGAUGAUAUUAAUCUCCUGGCAACACUUAUUAAGGUUCUCAAGGUGCCGCCACGAUAA